UCCUCAGGACUCCGAAUUUUAACGUCACAACCGGCUUCGAAUCUUACAUUCCUCUUGAUCGUCCGCGUCCACCAGGACCCGCCCCUGAACCUUCAAUCCCUCCUCCCUCCACCCCCCGUCUACACAUCAUCACAAUGGCCCAGACACCGCAGCAAAGGAGGGCAAACCUCAAGUUCCAAAAGGAGCAAGAGGCGCGCAUGGGCAAGUCGGAGGACCAGAUCAAGAAGCGGGCCAAGGAUGCGCCCAAGUCGCCCAUCUCCCCACUCUGGCUCGUCCUCCUCGCGUUCGUCGUCUUUGGCGGGCUCUUCUUCGAGGUCAUCUCACGCAUCUUUUUCCGAUGAUUGCUGGGCUGGGAAAGUGAUGGAGGGAUAGACAAGGGAGUAAGGUCGUGGAAGAAAGGAUUGGAGGAAAGAAACUAUGCAUGGAUUGCCACGUGGCUAAACAGGAGAUGGGAGCGCGCCACGAGACGGAUGCCGGGUCCCCCUUACACCUGGUUGGAUUCGGAAAGGGCGCGAUGCCGUUGCAUUGGCACACAUGUACAAUAUCACCACCCGGGCCUUGGUUGGUAUGAGGGUCUGACUUUUCUAGCGUAUACCAUUUCCCUCGCCCAACAUCUACAGAUGGCAGCGAAGCGGGGUUGAAGCUGUGUUUCCAGCUAUAAAAAUACGGGUAUGCUGACUUGAUACGGUUGCCAUCAAGCUAACACGACAAAGUCUCCUGAUUCAAGCGCCCAGGCCCUUCCGCUGACCAC